GGACAGCGAAUUACAGCCUUGGGCUCAACGACCAUGAGGUAGCUCAUAUAACAACGACGGAUGGCUCUCGACCCGUCAAGCGGCUAUGUAGCCGCAAGAAAUCUACAAGAUCUCAAUCUCAAUGAGAUCGCGCUUCCAAUAUUUAAUGUCGAAAAAGUACAACUUCAAUUCUCUAUAGCCUCCGACUUUGUAGCGGCGCAGGUUGCAAACAAUGUCCUGGUUCUGGCACUUUCGAAUGGCAGGAUUCUCCGAAUCGACCUGGAUAAUCCUGCAGAUAUAGAUGACAUUGACCUUCCUAAAAAGACCUCGGAAGUUGGAGUGAUACGGCGCAUGUUUCUUGACCCAACAGCUUCACAUCUGAUCAUAUGUACUUCACAAGGGGAAAACUAUUACCUCCAUACACAAUCCAGGCAGCCCAGGCCCCUUUCACGACUACGAGGUGUAUCGAUAGAAUGUAUUGCCUGGAAUCCCUCGUUACCGACAUCCUCGACCAGGGAAAUACUUAUUGGGACUUCGGAUGGAAUGAUCUAUGAAGGGUAUAUCGAAACAGCUACGGAAUUUUACCGUAAGGAGGACAAGUACCUAAAAGCCCUUAUGAGGCUUCCAGAUGGACCUGUUACUGGACUAUGGGUGGAUCUUGUUACUGGUAGACCUGACGCCAAAGAAGUUCGACGAGUAAUGGUAGCUACACAAAGUCGGGUGCUUCACUUGAUAGGCAAGAUUGGCCGGGUGGCACAUGAAGGAGGUGCAUCAAUAUUUACACGGCUUUUUGAGACGGAACAACCCACGGUUCAUGAGUUGUCUAGGAUAUCUACAACUGCAGCUUCUUCUCUUGUAGUGUCUCCAAAUCAUCCCGACUCUGCGUCUAUGGAAAGUUUGACCCCAGAUCGUACCUUUGCAUGGUUAUCAUCACAAGGUGUAUACUACGGUACAUUAAUGACUACACCUGCAACCUCGGAUUUGGGUGCAAGAUUGUUUACCGAGGCGAAAUUGCUACCUAGAUCUCAAUUGCCAGCUUCAGAGAACUCGAUGGGUCGCAAGAAGCCAGUUCCAGAUUCAAUCGAUUCGAUUGCGUUGACUCAAUGGCAUAUUCUUCAUCUGAUUGGGGGGCGUGUUGUUGCCGUUAAUCGACUUGAUGAUAGAGUGAUAUUUGAUCAAGUGGUCUUGGAACCUGGCCAACAAGCACUGGGACUGUUCGCUGAUCAGGAGAAGAACACAUUUUGGCUCUUCACUACACAAGAAAUUUAUGAAAUUGUUGUCACAGACGAAGAUAGAGAUGUGUGGAAAGUUAUGCUGCAGACAGAACAUUUUGAUGCAGCUCUACGUUAUGCUAAAGGGCCAGCUCAGAAAGAUGCUGUAGCCACAGCAUCUGGUGACUAUCUCAUUAGCAAGGGCUCAUAUCUCGAAGCUGCAGGGGUUUAUGGAAAGAGUAGCAAACCGUUUGAACAAGUUGCACUCACAUUCGUUGAUAACGAUCAGCAAGAUGCCUUACGAAAGUAUCUCCUUACAAAACUCACAACUUACAGAAAGGCCUCAAUUAUGCAACGCAUCAUGAUUGCGAGUUGGCUUGUUGAGAUUUUUAUGUCGAAGCUUAACUCCCUUGACGAUAUGAUCGUCACUAAAGCGGAGUUAUCUGAGAAUUUGAAUCCCACAGAGACGAGAAAUCAAUUAGACACAAUUCGAACUGAAUAUCAAGAUUUCGUCACAAAAUACAAGAGUGACCUUGACAAGAAGACCACCUACGAUAUAAUCAGCAGUCACGGCAGAGAAGAUGAACUCCUUUUCUAUGCUAGUGCUGUAAACGAUUACAAUUACGUUCUCUCCUAUUGGAUUCAGAGAGAACGUUGGAAGGAGGCGUUGAAUGUAUUAAAGAAGCAGACAGCACCGGAAAUCUUUUACAGAUACAGCAGUGGACUCAUGACACAUGUAGCCACUGAUCUUGUAGAUAUUCUUAUAAGACACUCGGACUUGAAGCCUCGGAAUCUCAUUCCAGCCUUACUGAACUACGACAAGUAUUUUCAGGGGUCUCUCUCUCAAAACCAAGCCAUCCGUUACCUUCUACAUGUCAUCAAUCACCUAAACUCAACCGAUGCGGCCGUACAUAAUACAUUAAUUUCAAUUUAUGCCUCUCAUCCAUCAAAGGAUGAAUCGGCCCUCCUUUCAUAUCUCGAAUCACAAGGUGAUGAGCCAAGUUUUGAUUCAGACUUUGCUCUUCGACUCUGCAUUCAGCACUCGCGAGUUCAAUCAUGUGUACACAUAUACAGCACCAUGGGACAAUAUCUACAAGCAGUAGAACUCGCUCUCGCACAUUCAGAGAUAGAUCUCGCCUCACUCGUUGCCGAUCGUCCUCUUUCAAAUCCUCCAUUACGAAAAAAACUCUGGCUCGCCGUGGCCAAAAAAGUAAUUUCUCAAUCAAAUGGCAUCAAAACCGCUAUUGAAUUCCUCAAACGUUGUGACCUUCUCAAAAUCGAAGACUUGAUUCCUUUCUUUCCAGAUUUUGUCGUCAUAGAUGAUUUCAAGGAAGAAAUAUGCGCAGCGCUCGAAGAUUAUAGUCGUAAUAUCGAUUCUCUCAAGAAGGAAAUGGACGAAUCCUCUCAAACGGCUACUAAUAUUAAGAUUGAUAUUGCCGCCCUCGAUCAACGCUAUGCAAUUGUGGAACCGGGUGAAAAAUGCUACGUGUGCACCUUACCGUUGCUGAGUAGACAGUUCUUUGUAUUUCCUUGUCAGCAUGCUUUUCAUAGCGAUUGCUUAGGCAAGAGAGUUAUGGAUCAGGUGGGAGUUAGUAAAGCAAAGAGGAUUAGAGAAGUGCAGAUGUCGAUCAGUAAAGGCAUGGUUAUGGGAGCGAAGAGGGAGGCGCUGAUUGCAGAGUUGGAUGGUUUGGUAGCUAGUGCUUGUAUUCUUUGUAGCGACUUUGCUAUCAAACGAAUUGAUGAACCAUUUGUUACGUCUGCUGAUGAUAUAAAUGAGUGGGCAUUGUAGGUGGAUAUGGCAUUACAUAUAUUUAAUAUGCUAGUUUACCUUAGUUGAUGCAUUUGGGAGGAGUUUCUUUGAGCAAUUAAAUAGAUAUUUAUUAUGAUGAAAUUUUCUACAACUUUUACGCGUCUUUAAGUUUACCAAGAUAGCAAAUCAAGUGAAGAAAGCAAUAUCAAACUGACCA